CGGUGCGGGGCCGGUGCGGGUCCCGCUGACCUCACAAUGCGGGCGGGCGCUGGUGCGGGAGGCGGGCGGCGGGAGGCGGGCCGGUGACUCAUGGCUUCCCAACGACGGGCGGCUCCUCCCCGCGGCCGCCGGCCCCGCGGCAGCCCCCGGCACAUGGGCCGCGGGUCGGGGCGUUCGGAGCCGGGGAUGGCCGUACCGCCCGGCCGCUGCCCGGAUUGCUGGGAUACGGAACGGGGAGGCGGUGGAGGUGGAAGUCGUGGGGUUCCCGGCGUGCUUCAGCUCGGUGUGUUGGUGGAUGAAGGAGACGUGCUGCCCGGAGCGCUGCGGCUGAUGCGGGAGCUGAGACCCAGCUGGGAGCCGGCCAGGGUGAAGACCAAGCUCUUCACCGACGGCAUCACCAACAAGCUGGUGGCCUGCUACACGGACGAGGACAUGGCAGAUGCAGUGCUGGUCCGUGUCUAUGGCAGAAAGACGGAGCUCUUCGUGGACCGGGAGACAGAGCUGAGGAACUUCCAGGUGCUGCAUGCCCAUGGUUGUGCCCCUGACCUCUACUGCGCCUUCCAGAAUGGGCUCUGCUAUGAGUUCCUGCCUGGCAUCGCCUUGGGGCCCGACCACGUGAGGGACCCCCGCAUAUUCAGGCUGGUGGCACAGGAGAUGGCCCGGAUGCACGCCAUCCACGCCAACGGGAGCCUCCCCAAGCCCAUCCUCUGGCAGAAGCUGCACAAAUACCUCACCCUCGUGAAGAUGGACCUCAGCCCAAAGGUACCCAACCCCAGCCUCCACCAGGAUGUGCCCAGCUUGGAGAUGCUGGAAUACGAGCUGGCCUGGAUGAAGGACACAUUCUCACAGCUGGGCUCCCCGGUUGUGCUGUGCCACAAUGACCUGCUCUGCAAGAACAUCAUCUACAACAGAGCUCAAGAGCACGUCCGCUUCAUCGACUACGAGUACACUGGCUACAACUACCAGGCUUUUGACAUUGGGAACCACUUCAAUGAGUUUGCAGGUGUGAAGGAAGUGGACUACCGCCUGUACCCCAGCAAGGAGACCCAGCUGCAGUGGCUGCACUCCUACCUGCAGGCUUACAAGCAGCUCACCCAGGGGGGGCAGGGAGGCAAUGGGGUCACCGUGUCCGAGAAGGAGCUGGAGGCUCUCUAUGUGCAAGUGAACAAGUUUUCUUUGGCAUCCCAUUUCCUCUGGGCAUGCUGGGGCCUGAUCCAGGAUAAAUACUCUACCAUAGACUUUAACUUCUUAAGAUAUGCAAAGCUAAGGUUUAGGCAGUACUUCAAGAUGAAGCCGGUGGUCACAGCCCUGCAGAUCUCCAAAUAGCAGCUCUGGCCCUUGGGACCCUGAGUUAUUUUGUCCUUGCUGCAUCCACAGCCCUGGCACCUCCCUCGCCCCCUCCCCGCCCAGGGGUGAGGGCAGGUCCCGAUGGUGGGAAGGGAGAAGAGGAGCUUUACCCCAGCCACCGAUUAAAGGAGACCCUGGACAUACCCAAGACUGGACCAUGAGAUGCUCAAGAGGACCACGGAGGUCCCUGCCUACACAAGGACAUCUCACCAUCGCCUUACAGCGAGCCUGGCUCAGCCCUGCUGCCUGACAGCCCUGUGUCCUGCUGGCAUUGCUGCUGCUGGGCCUGGCACUGGGAGGAAAUGGGACCCCUCAUCCAUCCAUUCAGCACUGAGCACUGCUGGGUUGCUUUAGCUGCCCCGUGCUCACACUGUGCCUGUUGGCUUCACUGUUCCCUCUUGUUCCCCUCUGCCCUGCCUGCUCAGCGCUCUCGCCCCCCAAAACCACCCUCCGUAGGUCUGUGUUCACCCCAGAGCUGGGGCUGUAUCUGAGCACGGGACCCUUUUCCAAGUGGGAUGGGUGCUGCUGUCACCCAGCUCCAGGCUGAGCCACGGUGCUGCAAGACAGCGAAGGCAGCAUCCUCAGCAGUGCUUCAAGCACUGCUCUGUGCUCAGCCUGGGGCUGCACCUCCCCACGGCCCCAUUAGCUUCACUUGCAGCAUCCCACAGAGCAGCAGGGGGGCUCCCAGCCCUGUCACCUUCUGUAUCCCCCAGUACUGGGGGGCUCAGUGCAACCCCAGGUAUGGAGUGUGGCUGCCCCAUCCCUGCACUCUUCCUCCCAUCGGUGCAGCUCUGGAGGCCCACAUGAGAUGCCCUGGCAGGAGAUGGAUGGAGCCGAGCUGUCCCUAGAAGUGGGCACAGCUUUGUCCUCAGCUGGCAUUUGGCUGCUGUCCCCUCUGUAAGGAUGAACCCACCCCACUGAGCACUGCCCAGCUCAUGACAGUGGUGGUGCAUCAGGUGGGGGCUGGGGGACACGGUCACUUGUCUCAGCUGCUUGGCAGAUGCCAAGGGACAAAGCGUCUGCCCCCUCUGCCAGGGCACAGGAACCUAACCCAGCAAAAACCCGCGACUUUUGUUGCAUCUGGUGUUUGUUUUGGUGCACAAUAAAAGCUGCUGGUAGCUGGAAAUCGGGGGCCGAUGGAUCUGUGGUGCCUGGUUCAGGACUUGGGUUAAUGCAGAAGCUGAGGGGGCCUCUCAUCACAGGGUGUGCUGCUGCUGCUGGACCCCUCUGGCAGAGCAGUGUCCCUGCUCCAGGCAGGGCAGUGUGGAGCAUUUGGCUGCAGGAGGCAGCGGGCAGAGGAGGCUGAGCCCCAAAUGUGGGGAUGAGACAGGUAAGAAGGGAGGGCAGGGGAAAGAGCAGUGGAACAGCACAGAGAAAGCAUCGUAUAGAACAGGAAGAGGGGUGGG